GAGAUGCUCGACGGGUCCCACUGUCUUAGCUCGUUACAGAGGUGCGUAAGCAAACAUGCGUGUCAGUGUCUAAAGAAAAGAGGAACCAGACUGUUCAAGUUAACCGAUUUUGUACUUUGCUGUUGUUCUGUGCGGAAUAAAUAGGAUUUGGCUGUUUUAAGUCUCGGUGCGGGCAUCAGUGCGCGGAGAAGCGCACACAGGUGAAAGAGACGCUGGUGGCUUCAAACUCAACAUUUCCCGGCGUUGUGUAAAAUGACACAGUCGAAAUCUCCUAUGUUUGAAACAAUCUUUGUGAAGAUGACUAGCUUAAAGGCGUUUUCCGAGCCAUUUGGAAGAGUGGCUUCUGAACCGGUGGAGGACACUGAUCCCAGCACCUUUGUCACAGAGAUGUCUUUGAGGUCGAAUUACCCUGUUCAGGUCACCGAUCCACAAGAUCCUGUGACCUUACAGCUCCGCUCUGUUCCUCCUAGUUACCUGACUCCACCUGCAGACAGGAUACAACAUCCUGUGGAAAAUGAUGGAAGUGAAUUUAUUCCAUCAGCUUCUGUUUCAUCAGACUUCAGUAAAGAUCAUAGAUCCUGUAAGGAGUGUUCUCGUUCCGCCCCUCCACCCAAAAUCAGUGACCUGAUGAACGACGAAGAUCUUCUGUACACCCUGCGCUUAAAGUUAGACCCGACUCACUGCACUGUCAAAAACUGGAAGAACUUUGCAAGCCGUUGGGGGAUGAGCUACGACGAACUUGCGCUUCUCGAGCAGCGCACACACGGGUCCACCUAUCAAAGUCCCACGCAGGAGUUCUUGCUGCGUUACAACCAGAAAUCCGUCACGGAGCUCACAGAACUCUGCCAGCUCUACCAGCGCAUCGACGUGCUCCGGUUGCUCCAGAAAUGGAUAGAGAACGACUGGCCGUCGCGCUGGCAGAAGGCACAUUAGGUGGGGCUUAGCGAGAACAGCAGACAAGACUUCGGCGAAGAGACGUGUUUGUAGAAUCUAAAAUUAUUGACUUAUUAUUGACAAUGAGUCAGAACACACACUAACUGAUGAGUGGUUGUGCAGAAUGAGUCGACAGGGUUGUAAACCGGACAUUUGUUUAAUCACCAUUGCAAGUGGCUUUAUCACUUCCAGGGUAUUCAGAAAAUAGACUUGAUGACUUUGAACUUGGAAAAGAGGAUUAGAGUUACUACAGUCAUCUACUGUAUGGAUUGUAAGUGAGGUUACGGUGAACGCAGAAAGAAAUACACAGAAGAGAAUUAAUGGGUGCAUUUAUAGUUUUCACAAACUACACAUGACUAGACAUGCUUUUUGAAAUACCCCCAUGAUAUCUGGAUAUACCAAAGAUUGCUUUCUAGAUAAGUUGUGUCUUUGAAAUAUUGAUUUUACCCAUGCGGUGAUCAACUAAAAUCUGACCCUGGACCACAAAUCCAGUCUUAAGCCAAAAAUACAUUGUAUAUGUCAUAAUUAUAUAUUUUAAUUUAUGCCAAAAAUCAUUAGGAUAUUAAAUAAAGAUCAUGUUCCAUAAAGAUAUUUUGUACAUUUUUCGCCAUAAAUAUACCAAAACUUUAUUCUGUGAGUGCAUGAAUAUGCUAAUGACUUCAUUUGGACAACUUUAAAAGCGAUUUUCUCUUUUCGCCUUUUUUGCACCCCAGAUUCCAUUGUAUCUCUGCCAAAUAUUGUCCUAUUCUAACACGCCAUACAUCAAUGGAAAGCUUAUUUAUUUAACUUUCCGAUCAUAAAAGGAUCAUUAUCAAUUUAAAAAUAAUAUCCCUUAUGACUGGUUUUGUGGUCCAGAGUCACAUUUAUGCAGUGAUUAAAUGGCGCACAUGAGAAGGAAUGAGGAAAGACCACCCAGGUGUGACUACAAAUAUAGAUUAUGUUUGGAUAUUGUUUCUCGGUCAUUUCAUAUAUGAAAUCGUAUUUAAUUUAUUUCUUAAACACAAAGUCAUCUUUACUCCUUACAUCAUUGGUUGUCUUUUAGUAAGUGUUAGUCACAUUCUGUGGAUUGCUGUAAGUUUUAAGACGGUUUCUCACCUGUACAUCUUGUGAAUGAAUCACAAACAAAGUCAGAUUCUUAGUAUUGAAUGGUUGAUAAGAUCAGUCUCUAUUUUAAUUGUGUGAUAAUUCGUUUUUAUGAUGUACACUACUGGGCCACCACCAGCUUUGUUUUAAAAUGUUUUUUAAUGACCUUAUAUAUUUUUCAUGUGUCUUUAUUACAGAAAAUACAGGAAAUAUGUUCACAAAAUUAAGACAAAACAAAGUUUGAAAAACAAAGUGCACUCUAACUAAGGAUGUGUUAAUUUUUAACACAUUGUUUUGUGCUAUUUAACACAUUAUGUGUCAUUUUGUGUUGAUUUUGUAUUUAUUUUGUUAAAUAAAUACAAGGGACAACACAAGAUGUGUCAAAACAACAAAAAAUGAUUUUGCAUACAAAUAUUCUGUAUUUUCUUGAUGUGAAAUAAUUAUAUGUGGUGAUUAUACCAUUGCAAAAAGAACAAAACUAAUGGUGGCCUAAGACUUUGCCAUGUCAGUUUUCUGUGACAUUGCCUAUUAUUUCCCCAUUGCAACAUUUCUUAAAAUAACAUAACAUUUUGAUUGAUGUGAUCUUUCUCACUCCCAUAACAUUGGUUAAAUUAACACUUAGGUAUAGAGUAGGCCUACAUAAGAGUUUAUCUGUAAACCAUUCAUGAAGCCAUUCGCACUCUGUGAACGCAACCAUUUUAAAUAAGAAGGUUUUCGUGAGAGGUUUUUGAAGUGGCCAUUUAAACACUGUUUAAAAUUUCACAAGAUGUCAUGUAGUUUACUUUAUUGUGUCUAUAAGUUUAAUGUCCCAAUGCACUGCUCACUAAGCAUCUUACUAGGAAUGGCACUUAAACCUGGUUCUUUAAGAAAGAUUCAGCAGGAAGUUCUUCAGUGUCUCCGGGAAAUACGCAGUUUAAGAGCAGUAAAACUGCACAGAACAGUCGAUUUGAAAGUUGAUGUGACUUUAUGUAAGUUUAAGUUAGGGCUAUUUAAAAUGUUUACUCCUUAUCUCAAAAUAUGAUCCUAGAAGUUACAGAGUGUACAAACUGCAAUUCUGUUGUCAUUGUGAAACAAUAAAAAAAAUAUCACGCAGUAUCAGUAUGAGUUUUGGUGCAUUUUCCGCUCCUUUUGAUUGGCAGGAUAUAAUCUGAUUAUCAACUGGGCAAUUCCAUGCAAAUGUCAACCAUAUUAUGGCAAAGUUUUGAACUAUACUGAUGUCUCAGAUGUCAAUAUUUGGGACUUGAAAUACCUAUGCAAAGUCUCUGCAAAGUUUUUAAAGCAUUUGUUUUUAAUUAUUUUCCAUCGUGCAAAGUUUAGAAUUGUCACAUCCGUAACAAUGUUUCUUCCUCAUAAAUGC